AUGCUAGCCGCUGCCGAAACACUCUGGAAAGCAAAAUCUGAAUGGCAAGGCACAUUGGUGAUAUUGUUCCAACCCAAUGAAGAGCGAGGAGCAGGGGCAAAGGCUAUGAUACAAGAUGGACUAUAUGAUCCGGAAAAAUAUGCAUGUCCUAUUCCGUAUGUGGUAUUAGGACAACAUGUAAUGCCAUAUGCAGCAGGACAAGUAGGAACACGAAAAGGGAUCUCUGGAUCCGCUGCGGAUAGUUUUCGAUUGACGGUUUAUGGAAAGGGAGGUCAUGCAUCACAGCCCCAUAUGACGAUUGAUCUGGUAUUCAUGGCCGCCAAUAUCAUCGUACGAUUACAAGGAAUUAUCAGCAGAGAAGUAAAUCCGCAAGAUUCGGCUGUGAUAACGGUUGGGAGCGUGAUUGCGGGAAUGACGGAGAAUAUUAUUGCAGAUGAAGCGGUGUUGAAAAUCAAUGUCAGGAAUUUCAACCCGGAGACAAGAGAAAGAGUCUUGAAUUCAAUCAAGAGAGUCGUAAAAGCAGAAUGUGACGCCUCAAAUACAACCAAAGAGCCCCUUUUCGAACCGACAAGCAAUUUCCCUUUCUUAAUAAACGACAAUGCUACCACGCAAAAGCUAUCCGAUAGUUUUGAUGAGGUAUUUGGCGAAAACCAUAUUCAGAAUUGCGCACCGUUGGGGGGAUCAGAAGAUUUUGGUCUACUAGCAACAGAAGCACCCAACAAGAAUGGUGGAAAAGGAGUCCCUUCUUGUUAUUGGUUAUUUGGUGGUACGGAUCCAGAGGUUAUGAGGAAAGCGAAGGAGAUGGGGAGGUUGGAGGAUGUGCCGAUUAAUCAUAGUCCGUUAUUUGCGCCGGUGAUACGGCCGACGCUUAGGACGGGGGUGGAGGCUUUGGUUACGGGGGCGUUGACCUUUUUUAAAAGAUAA